CGGUGCUCAGGGACUAGGUGCCGAGCCGCCAGGGCCGGGGGACGAGGCAGGUGAGAACCCGUGGUUGGGGGUGCCGGCUGGCGAGAGGUUCCGCCGGGCUCCCGGCUUCUCUGGCUCAGUGUCUCCGACUCUGGGGAUCCGUCCCGAGCGGUCGGCGAGUUCCAAUGUGAAGUGAUUUGGAUCUUCGGACAAACGAUUCUUUGGAACCAUGCUGUCAGAAGUCCUGCUGGUGUCCGCUCCAGGGAAAGUCAUCCUUCACGGAGAGCAUGCUGUGGUUCAUGGCAAGGUAGCACUGGCUAUGGCCUUAAACUUGAGAACAUUCCUCCGGCUUCAGCCCCACAGCAAUGGGAAAGUGUGCCUCAACUUACCAAACAUUGGCGUCAAGCAGGCCUGGGAUGUGGCUGGGCUUCAGCUGCAGGAUACGAGCUUUCUGGAGCAGGGUGACGCCACAGCGCCCACUGCAGAACAAGUGGAGAAGCUCAAGGAGGUGGCUGGCAUCACCCAGGACGGCGCCAAACCCGAGGGCCUGGCUGUGCUGGCCUUUCUCUACCUGUACUUGUCCAUCUGCCGGAAGCAGAGGGCCCUGCCCAGCCUGGACAUCACGGUGUGGUCACAGCUGCCCACUGGGGCCGGCUUGGGCUCCAGCGCCGCCUACUCUGUGUGUAUGGCCGCUGCUCUCCUGACCGUGUGUGAGGAGAUCCCAAACCCUCAGAAGGAUGGAGUGUCCGCCAGCAGGUGGGCCGUGGAGGAUUUGGAACUAAUUAAUAAGUGGGCCUUCCAGGGGGAGAGAAUGAUUCAUGGGAACCCAUCUGGAGUGGACAACGCUGUCAGCACCUGGGGAGGAGCGCUCCGGUUCCAACAAGGAAAGAUCUCCUCCCUGGAGAGGCCACUGGCUCUGAAGAUCCUGCUGACCAACACCAAAGUCCCUCGCAGCACAAAGACUCUUGUGGCCAGUGUCAGGAGCCGGCUGCUCAAGUUCCCAGAGAUCGUGACACCCCUGCUGACCUCCAUCAACGCAAUUUCACUGGAGUGCGAGCGGAUGCUGGGGGAGAUGGCUGUGGCCCCGGCACCAGAGCACUACCUCGUGCUGGAAAUCUUGAAUGAGCGCCCACCUGUGCCAGGGGCAGGGACCCCCAUUCGCUUCUGUGCUUUUGCUCCCAUUUCCAUAGCUGUCUGCCUCCAGUCCCCCAGCAUUUGCCUUGCUGGCUUCAAUUCCUUUCACGUAGAAAGGAGGGAACACAGUCCUUCUGAGUAGGAAAUUAAUAAUGAUAGAGUACUGCCUGAAAUAUACCCUGUUGAGCCCCUGGAGAAUGCCACGGAACAGCACGUUGAUUAUACAUUGUGUAUAUUUUUGGCUGUGGCAGCCGCUGAAAUGUGCAGCUCAGCUCCUGGACAGCUUUGUGCUCAAACCAGCGAGCUGUUCUCCUGUGUCACAACCUGUCAUCUGAUCCUUGACAGAUUUUGGAUCAGAAUGUGACAGGUGUCUAAAACCUGCCUCUGCAACGUGACACCUGGCGUUCAGGCGCAGAGAGCAGCCCCCAGAAGUUUACCCUCAUAUCCAGCCCUUGGGGCUGGGGAAAGGCACCCGGGGCUGCCACCAGGCCAUCACGCCUGUCUGCUCAUUUGUCAGAAGUGCUGACGGGGGAGGGUGUGAGGCGGGCUGCAGGGGAGGGCUGACCCGAGCCCACCCGACAGCCUAGGGCAGGAGAGUCAGGUGGGCCUCAGCAGAUAGCUCAGUGAUUGGCAACCCUGCGGGCGCAAAGGCGCUCCCCAUUCCCUGGAGCAGAGCCGCACACUGUCAAGCCCCAUGCCACAAGGAGUAGGUGGCAGCCAGAAUGCUGAGGGCGCUCUCGGAGGCGGGAUAGAUGGGAGCUUUGCAUCGGGCAGACCCAGCUUCCAGGACUGGCUUGGUACCUUGCCAGCUCAGCGACCUUAGGUGAGUCACUUUCCUCCCUAAGCCUUUGCAUCCCCUGAAACAAAGAGGACGGUGAUGUGACCAUAAAGUACUAAGAGCAGCUGAUGUUCCUGAAGCCCUCAUCUCAGGCUAGACAUCAUGCAAAAAACUCACCUUGUCUUGGGCACCUGGGUGGCUCAGUGGGUUAACCCUCUGCCUUCGGCUCAGGUCAUGAUCUCAGGGUCCUG